GUCGCAGCCUUCGAAACUUACCUUUAUUCCGCUCCUUCUCCUCCUGCCUGCUUUGGCUCAGGUAGAAGCUGUCGAAGGUCCUUGCCCCUGAGUUCCAAGUAUCCUCCACCUGCUUCUCAGGGGCCGGUCUUGUCGUCGCCCUCCUCGUCCUGUCGGACGAGGACCUCCGAAAGCGACGUGACCUCCAGCUUGGUUGAUACGUCUCGUCGCCUAGGCCCGAUGCCAGGAAAGGGAGCCAGUGGAGCCUCCAGCGGGGGAUGCUUCGGAGGAUGCUUCGGAGGAUGCUUCGGGACCGCGCCCAAGCCCAAGACCGGGCCGAAGUACAACUCCUGGAACGACUCGAAGAAGGAGCGCGGCCAAAAGACCAUCAUUUGCGUCGCUGGACUCGCGUCGAGCGCUCUCACGCGGCGCGUGCAGCGCGACGGCUGUUGUGUUCCAGGCCUGGGUCGCGACGAGGUAAGCUAUUGUAGUAUCGAUGCGCUCGUCUCCAAGCCGAAGGCCACUCUCAACAGCCUGAGGCUCAAGCUGGUUGAUGGAAAGCUCAAGGACGGCACGGCUGUGAAGAUGACGGCCUCUGUGGACAGCACCGUGCGGCCCGUGCAAGGGACCGCGGGGAUCAGAACUUUGAACCCUGGCGAGGUUGUGCCAGUGUCGGUAUGGGAUGGCUUUAUCGAUGACCUGGAGGAGACUUUCAAUUGCCACGCGUUCAACUACGACUGGCGCAGGUGGGGCGACUGUGUCUACGCAGAGGAGCUGGUAGGCCUCCUCGAGAAGAAGAUAUUGACCAGCUUGGAGCAGGACUGCCACUCAGGUAAAAAGGCGGCGGUGGUCGAAACAUCAUUUCAGGGGUGAACAUGUGUGCACGUGUAUAUAUAUGACAUAUUAUAUCACAAGUGUCCAGUCGCAGUAUAAACACGUGCAAUCAAACAAAAGAGGCAGCGGUGGUCGGCCACUCCAUGGGGGCACCUCUCCUCCUGUACUGCCUCGGCAAGCUGGGGAAGAAAUGGCAGCAGGUGCACCUCGAACGGGUCAUCCUGGUGGCACCCGCUCACACAGGUCGCAAUGAAGACAAGGGACCCUGAGGGAACUGGGUCCUGCACUUAUUUUUCAAUUAUGGGGGCUCCGGGGUUCCUCUUUCGGUUCAUGGGACUCCUCAGAAACGGCUCAGGAUGACAAGCUGGGCCCAGGGAAGCCCCAGAGUUCAGGACCUGUGUCCCCAGGACUUGGUUCUUUCCUAGCAGACAGGCUCACCGACCAUGAUCCCGAGCUUUGGGCACGCUCCGUUCCUGGCGCAGGAGACCUCCAUCCUUCCCAGCCAUUUCGGCGAGCAGGUGAUCGGGGACAUCGCUGCCACCUGGGCCUGCAUGAUAGGAGAGAUGCCCACCGCAGUGGGGGGUGUCGCGCCCUAUCCGAAGGACCACGUCUUCGCGAGGACACCCCAGAAGGAGUACAAGCUCUCGGACAUGGGCGCUUUUCUCGACGACCUCGCCCAGCAGAUACCCGGCCGGGACACCGGCCCCGCACUUUGGCCUGGCUUCCAGAGGAUCGCCAGCAGCAUGAAGGCCCCAGAGGUCCCAACAAUGAUAAUCUACAGCUCGGGCAUCGACACGCCCUGCAGGUUCGAGUAUGCCAGCGAGGAGCUGGACACGCGGGCCAGGUGCGCCGAGACCUGCCCGGGCGACGGCACCAUCACCCGAGACAGUAUCCUCGCGUGCGCCGAGGCUUGGAGGGCAGCGGGCCACCAGAUCGAGCUCGUGGAGGCUCCGGGCGCGAUAGACCACAAGAACCUGAUCGCCGACGACUUCACCACCGCGGUGGUCGAGAGGAGCCUCGAAGGUGGGGCCCUGACGCCAGUCGAUGUCACCGUCGUGGGCGCGUCUGGGUUGAAGAACGCGGACCUCUUUGGCAAGUCCGACCCGUAUUGCUUGGUCGAGCUGGAGAGCAGCAAGAAGGGCAAGAAGAUCAGCAAGCGGAAGACCAAGACAGUGGCGAACGACUUGGAUCCCGUUUGGAACAGCACGUUCACAUUUUUUGCCUACUCCGACGGCGACUGCCUUGUCUUCACCAUCUUCGACGAGGACAUCAAGGGGUUGACUGGAGAUUUCCUCGGCAGGGCCUGCGUGUCAGCCGAUCAGGUCAGAAGCGGCUUCGACGGCGAGCUACCUCUGGAAAUGAAGAACGGUGCGGGCCUGGUGCAGGGCAGCUUGAGAGUGAAGGUAUCCCCUCCGAGAUCUUAUGAGCACCCCGCGAGAGGUCUCGGAGGGUAUGUGAAGGGUGCCAUCCGAAGUCUCAGGUAGUACCUCUUGUUCCUCUGGAGGUGUAAGAUAGCAGGGAGGCGCAAACUUUUCAUGUGGCCGCCAACUUUUUUAUAUGCGCAAGCCGCGCAUGCCCCGACUGCAAGAGCAGGUCCGUCGACAUAGAAGCGCGGCGACACGUACGCACGGCUCACGGGAUCAUGCGGCGGAACCACGGUUGCCAUGCACGCAGGAACAGAGAUGUCCUUCCCCCAGGAGGCUGCAAGAACUGUAAGGGUUUUUGUCGAGUCUUUUGUUAAGGAAGGCCGUCAUGGCGAAGACCCGUG